UUGUGCUUUUCAGAAGUAAACAGCUUUCAUGAUAAGACCAUCUUCUGUAAUGGAACUUGUAAAGGCGGCGGGUCUGGACCGUUGGGCAGUUUACCUUUGAACGUCAUAUGUGUAUGUGGCGAUUCUAUGAUAGGAAUAUGGCACCGCAAUCGGAUAACUGAAUAGGCACAGAAACGUACUUUGGCGCUUGGUAGUAAGGCCCAAAGUUAAAUUGUCAAAUGCUGGAUUCCCGCUUUUCAACUAUACGCCGAUGCGAAAUGAAGAGUGCACUAGUACACAUGACGCAUACAGACAGUUCGUUUGAGAGCGUGCGCGUCGUCUUUUAUUUUCAGCAACGUGUUGUUUCUGUUAUGUUCUGCGUUGGACAUCAUUCUUUGUUGCCACUAUUGUAAGCCCCGUAGAACCGAAAUGUUGUGUUAGUAUGAUGCCAUUCAUUAGCAAUAACAGGCUUAAGCGAUUCGACUGAUAUACGAGGGUUUGUUACUUCUAUACACAGGAUUUUUCUCCGUAACGACUAACCUCGACACAAUCAGUGUUUUAAGAGCACACGUGCAAUGGCAUUGACAAUAGCUAUCAUAAGAGCUCGCAACAAGUAUGAUAUAUUGAUACGUUUGUAAAACACGCUGACAUUUUAUAAACGUCAGAUCUAUCAUAGAAUCCGUAUAUUAAUCGUAUAAGCGACAAUCUUAACUCGUUCUCCUGAAACGUCGUAUGCUCUUGGCUUGGACUACCUGGCACUAAGAUAUUACAUCAAGAAGGGAAGCCAACAACAAAACAUGCAAUUCAUGCUCCUCUUCAGCCGACAAGGAAAGCUCCGGUUACAGAAAUGGUAUUCGGCCCAUUCAGAUAAGGCAAAAAAAAAGAUAACCCGUGAGCUUGUCACUACAAUACUUACGAGAAAGCCUAAAAUGUGCUCAUUCCUUGAAUGGAGAGAUCUUAAGGUGGUGUACAAGCGCUACGCGUCAUUAUACUUCUGUUGCGCAAUCGAGCAGUCGGAUAACGAACUGCUGACGCUUGAAAUCAUCCAUCGAUAUGUAGAACUUCUCGAUAAAUAUUUUGGUUCAGUAUGUGAGCUGGACAUCAUAUUCAAUUUCGAAAAAGCAUAUUUUAUCUUAGACGAGCUCUUACUUGGUGGAGAGGUCCAGGAAACGUCGAAAAAAACUGUGCUAAAAGCUAUUGCAGCUCAGGAUCUUCUUCAAGAGGAUAUUCACGAGACCACAGGAGGACUCCUGCCAAGACUUCUCAGCUCUGCUACAAAUGUUGGCUCUCCUACCUCAUCCUUACCGCCUCUAUCUGCAUCUUCGGCCGGAAGCCUUUUUGUUCGAGAGCAAGACAGAAAUAACGAAACCACUCCAGAUACCACAUGCUGAACGAGCUCCGGCCAAAUCUAGCACAACAUGAGGAGCGCAUCUAUUCAUCAUAAAAGGUGUUCAUGUGCACGCUACAAACUCAUAUCUAAUCCUAUGCAUUCAGUCAAUAAAUUCCAGACAAAGGAGCGUAGCAUGCAUUAUUGUGCCAGUGGUGUCCAUGAGUGGCAGACUAAAUAGACAUAUCAUUCAAUACCUUUGCAAAUUAUUGUUCUCGAACAACGUACUGAGAGUCUCGAUCGGGGGUAGAUCUCAGCAACGGCAAUAUGUAGACCUUUGAAUUUACGUCGUACAAAAAUCUAUGAAUGUCCUUUUCAUUCUAUCAUUUUCCUUAUCAAUGGUUCAAGAAUUGCUGCAGGAUUUAGGAUAAUGGGUAUAUUACAGUUAGGCGUUUUUUUAGGAAUUUUCGCUAUUACAGUGGUCAAAGCAAUAAUAAUAAACCGGUCCUAGUAAUCGUUUUUUGCAUACGCAAGUCAAAUUUUAAAAUUUGUUACAUUAUUACUUUGUUAAAUAAUUUGCAAUUAUUAAUAUUGCUUAUACAGUUUAUUUUUUUAAUAAGUUUAAUAAUAUUUGAUCAGCCUUUUUGAGAGUUCCUUAUGCUAAACAAAGCUUAAAUCAAGCGCAAGGUAGCAGCCUUAUCUAGAAAAUAUUUAGACGUGAUAUCCUUUUGUGAUGUUUCUAGAACGCCUACAUCUUUUUUUUUUAAUUCAUGGUACUCACAGUUUUAUAUUAUAUAAAUGGACUACUAUUAAAUAAUGUCUAUUUAGGCAUAUAUAUUCAUAUAAAUACACACACAUAUAUAUAUAUAUAUAUAUAUAGAAUGUGUAUUUUAGUACAUGUACAGCCUUGUAUGUAAUCAUUAACGGCGAAAAAAAUUUCAAAUGA